AUUUGAAUUGUCAAAUGUUAACGUAUUUUUCUUCGCAAAACAUUAGAAAACCAGAACCCGAAUUGAAUGACAGGUAACGACUGACAGAAAAAAAGGUGUCAAACGAAAACAUCUGACAUCGUACGUCGAGACGUCAUGUGUUUGUUAUUGUAGUUUUGUUUACUAUGAUAUCUUCGAAACAGAAACGCAACAUCAUUAUUAGUCAUCCUUGAGCUGUUUCAUAGUUAAGUACGCAAUUUGAUUUGCUGCGACAACAAUUACAAGCAAAUGGAUAAAAUUAGUAAAUUUUUCGGUGGUUCGAAACGUGUAUCGGAGAAGUCAUCAAACGAAGAUGCGAAACGAUUGGAAUCGAAUAAAAGAGAAAAACGAAUGAAAGAAUCUGAUUCUCCGAAAAUCUUCAAGCUGGAUAUUGAUUGCUUUGAUGAAAUUUUUGAGUAUUUAUCUUUGGAAGACUUGCAUUCCUUUGGUCAAACAUGUAAAACGAUGCAGCAAGUAACCGGCCAAUAUUUCAAACGCAACUAUGUUGGAGCUGAAAAAUUUACCAACGAAGACGGCAUUUAUACGGUUUGUUCGGGAAUUGAACAUCGCACUAAAAUUUCCGGUUUCAAUCAAUUCAUCAACUACACGUCACAUUACCACAAUGAACUCGGGCCACUUCAAUACAUUCAAGGCCAUGGCGCUGAGUUUGCGUCAAUCAACGAGAUUUAUCUCGUGUGCUGUGAAAUCAACGAAGCUACAGUCAAAAGCGUCGAGAAAAUAUUGCCGAAAAUUGAAGUCGUGCGUGUGAGACAGUGUACAAUUGUGGGUGAUUAUUACGAUAAAUUCCUUAAAUUUUGCGGAAAUUUGAAGUUUAUUUAUGUACAAGAUGAUGUUGGUGACAUUGUAAAAGAGCGUAAAAAUCCAUGGCUACAACGAGAAUAUCCAUCGCUGGAAACAUUCCAAUUGACCGCACGCAAUUCGUUCAAAGUGAACGAUUUGAAUUCGUUUUUCGAACGAAAUCCAAGCAUUCGUACCUUUUUAACAACAUCAGGCGUUCUUUGGCGACAUUGUCCCGAACUACUGCGAUCCAAUGCCAAACUGGAUACGCUGGAAAUCUACGAUGGUCACCAGGUUUUGUCGAUAACCAUGCAAACAUUUUGUAAUUUAUUGAAUCAAUUGCAUGAACGUGGUUUUUAUAAGCGAUUGAGAUUGAAUGUGACCGGCCCGAAUCAAGAGUGUGGCGAACAAUUUGCUUCGCUUCAGGCCCUAGAAUCCAUUUCAAUUAUGCAUUUUAGCGAACGUUGCGGCCUGUCUCGACUCAUCAAUUUGAAAGAAUUAACCAUUUACGAUGGUUUUAAUCCCUUUGACAUGGAAAUACUCGCGAAAAACCUCGUAAAUCUCACGCGAAUUUCACUAAACAAAGCUAAAUUGGACGAUAUACUGCCAUUCAUUCAACUGUCCGGAAAGUUGAACAAAAUCCACGCCAGUUUUACCGAGAAUAUUCUCGAUUUGCAGCGAUUGAACGAAGAACGAAUGAAAUUAGUUGGCGGACGAAAGGUGGUAAUUUAUGUGCCAGACGACGUGUUCUUAGCCACUAAAUGGUGCACCAAAAAUGGUGACACAAACUUAAAAUACAUCGAAAUGAAAAGAUCUACCUCGGCAUAACUUUCUGACAAAAUGACAUUUUGAAUUGAAAAUUUUAUUUUUGUACGCAAUUUUUAUUAUUUUUUUCUUGUAUUCUAGAAUAAAAUGUUUUGUUUUGUUUGAAUAAAUAAAUUUUACAAAUAAA